AUGUCUGAAAAUCAAAGAACAAUGACUCUCACUUAGCUUACUCAUAUGAUUGAGGAAAAGGUAACAGAAAUUCAGGCAAACCCAGAUUAGAGGAUUUCAGAGUUGCCUUAAUUAAUUGAAUUACUCAAACAUGAAAAUGUGUUCAUCGUUCAAAUGACAAUUAUGGCAUUAACAGACUUGUUUAUUGACAUCGCACCAUUAUACAAAAUUGAUUAAUAGGCUCACGAAUUUAAAGUCACUAAGUUUAUCAAAAAAGAAGAGAAAUAAGUACUUAACUUUGAAUUGAGUCUAAUAAAAAAUUAUUAUCAAUUUAUUAAAGCUCAAUUUACAUUUGUUAAAUUAAUAUCUUAAGGACCUCUUGUGGAAACCUGCUAUCAGAGUCUCUGCAAAUUGUUGAAUUCAUUAUUCCAUUUUAAUUACAAUAGAGAAUUGGUUCAAUAUGUUACUUAUGGUUUAUUGACUUGUAAUGAAAUAUGUUACAAUUCUCUCGCUAAUAUUUUAAGAAACAAGAAGCAUUCUUUACAUGAGUCCAAACUCUAAAUAUUAACACAAAUACAAAAGCUUUAUCAGACUAAACAUGAAGAUCAAUUACCAGAUAAUCUUGUUGACUUAGUUAAUUAAAUAUAGAUAGACACUAAGUUUUUACCUCAGGAAUUAGAGAAAUAAGAGAAGGAAAAGAAGAGGGCAGUAAAGCAAAAGAAAAGAGAAUACUUCAGUUAGAAAGAGAAGGAUAAAAAGAAAUAAAAAUUGACUAAGGAAGAAAUGGCUAAAUAAAAGAAAUUGUUAAAAGAGGUUUAGGACGAAUUAUAAGAAGCAUAAGGAGACUUAGAUAAAAAGACUUUGGCUAAAAAUAAUGGAGAGAUUCUUUCAAAAAUAUUUUAUAUCUAUUUUAAAGUACUCAAAUUACCUAGAGUAUCAAAAUAUUAUGAAUCUGCUUUAAAUGGAAUUUUGCAAUAUGUUCAUUUGAUAAACAUUGAAUUAAUCUAAGGAAUCUUUGAAUGCUUAUUAUCUUCGACUAACAUACUUAGAUAGAAAAAGGAUAAUUUGUUGAAAUAUAUUAACUUAAGAUUAAAAACCAUAUUUGCUCUGUAAUCUAUAAUGGAUGGACCAGCAUCUGUUUUUGGGGUAGAUGACAAGGAGACAAUGUAAAGAUUUUAUGUUUGUUUAUUGGACAUGUGGACAAACAAAAAAAUAAAAAUCACUGAGGAGGAAGAGAGCUUGAUCUUGAGAAUAUUAGACAGUGCAUUCAUAAGGAAAAGACAUUUUUCAUAAGAAGUUACAGGUUCCUUUGUAAAAAUGCUUAUUUAAUUGGCUAACAAUUCUGAGAAUGUUAGAUUUGUAUAUGCACUUUGUUAUUGCAUCAAAUUAGUGAUGUAGAAAUAUUAGAAAACUUAAAAGAUGUUGGAAGAAGAUAAUGAAGGUUUUGGGAUGAAUUCUUACAAUGUGAAAUGUGAUGAUCCAUCAUGCACAAACGCUUUAAAUUCCUCAAUUUAUGAAGAAGUGAAGGAGAUUAAAAAUUUUAGAAAUUCAACAACCAACAAAAGAUGA